UGUCGCUUGAUGGAGAUCGGCUCGCGCUGCACAGAUGUUGCUGGUCCGAACUGAUAAACGAUCCGUGAUGCACAUAAUGAGUAGUGCAGAUUCGUUCCGCUUUCAUUACGCUUGCCAUUUGAUGUUGCGCAACGUUGUGUUGGCUGUGCCAGUGCGGAUUUUGUAGGAAGGAAAAAUGGUCCAAGGAAUCGUUCGGUUUGUACGGGUUCAAUACGAAUACAUGUACCGUUACACCCCGAUCGCUCACCAGUUCAUCCUGUAACAGAUGUGAUGGUCAAACCCUUUACAUUCACAAGCUGUUCCCACAGUACAGAGAUCAAGCGGCUUCCGUUGCAUGACCUGCAGUUGAGCAGCAUACAACGCAAGAUGCAAUAGAGCUUACAUUUAAGACUCGCAUGUUUUUUAUAAGUUAAGGUUUAAGAAAAAGUUUGACUUGAUGAAAUUCAGUAUUGGUUUAGUUGGACUCGAUUGGUUAAAGACUCAAUUUUGACUCUACUUUCACACUAACUUGUAAUCUUCAGUUUGAGUCCACCUUAGUAGAGGAUGAGAUGUUUGAAUGUGAUUGUUCAGCCGAAGCUGUAUCUGUCCGUCAUCGAGGAUGUGAUGGAGAGUCUCCGAGAGUUAUUCUGUGAUGAAGGAGUGGAUGAAGGAGUGCUGGACAACCUCAGACAGCUCUGGGAGUCGAAGGUCGUUCAGUCUAAAGCUGUGGAGGGUUUCAGUAAAGACAACAAUCCAUCCAACUUUGUUCUGCAGCUGCCAGCAAACUUCACGCAGACUCUCCAUAAACCCACCGUCGUCAUUCCAGCUGCUCAGAAUGUGCAGAACUUCACCUCCAAAACAAACAGCUGUGGUUCUGUUGCCACAUUCUCUCUGCCACCUGGAAUAACGUAUCCGGUCCAGAUUCCUGCUGGCGUCACACUGCAGACGGCCUCAGGACAUUUCUACAAAGUCAAUGUUCCUGUAAUGGUCACGCGAGGAGCUCAGCAUGUCCUGACCCGACCCGCUCCGACCCGCAUUGAGCAGAAUUCCAACCCGGUGUCUCGGCCCAUGGCCGUUGCUCGCAGCAUCCCGGUCCAUCUGUCCGUUCCCUGUCCUCCAGAGCCGUCUGGGUGUGUAGCGCCUGAGACCCUGCCGAAUCUGCCGCAACCGUUGCACCAUCAGCUCUGCCAACAAACCGACGACAAACCCUCCCCAUCAGCCUCUGACAGUCAGAGCGAGUUCAACCUUGACGACAUCGAGUUCAGCCCGCAGCCCCUCGACAUGAGCGCCUCGUCGUUCUUCACUCCGCCGGCACAGGGGCCGCGCUCGGAUUAUCCCCGGGAUGUGAUGGAGACGGCCUUAAAAGAGCCAGACGGAGCAGCUGAUGCAUCAACUCCUCUUCCAGACUUGAAGGCUGAAACUAAUCAUGACAUUAAGCUUGAGACGGAGCUGGACUUCAUCACACAACUGGAUGGAGUCGCUGACAGCAGCUCCGACACGGAGGAAGAGGAUGAUGAGGAAGAUCUGGAGCUGGUUGGAGAGGAAGAGUUUCUGGGAAUGAUCAACAGCAAUGAGGAGGAGGAGUUGGAAGAGGAAGAGGAUCCGCUGAACUCUGGAGAUGACGUGAGUGAUCAAGAUAUCCCAGAGGUCUUUGACACAGAGAAUGUCAUCGUUUGCCAGUAUGAUAAGAUCCACCGUAGCAAAAACCGCUGGAAGUUUUACCUGAAGGAUGGUGUGAUGUGUUACGGGGGGAAAGACUAUGUGUUCUCCAAGGCUUUGCAUAGCUGCUGCUUUACUGGUAUUGACCAUGUAUGUUUUCUUUAUGAAAAUAAAUUCAAGCAAUUAAACUCCGUAAUAUGUUUCAGUCUCUGCUUAAAUAUUUUGUCCUUUUUCAUUUAGUGUCUUUCAUCUCUUCUUCUCUGUCUCCCACUGAAGCCCCUGGGAAGCAUUCAUGCUUUAUAAGGAGAACAAGGACACUGUGGAGGCCAUGUUUCUCCUCAGGAUCAGCGCUGAGAGAAUCAGGAUCUCAGCUCAACAAAAGCCUCAUGAGCCUGGAGCUGGGAAACUUCAGCUUCAAGAAACCUGUAUUAACACUGGGAGAUCUGCAGGGAAAGCCCUUCACUGACCCUAACUUCACUACACGUGGACCUCGGGUGAGAAUCUGCAUGAGCUGCUGUUCAACUGUCUCUGUUUCUCAGCUAGAUAAACACUUAGACCGGUUUA